UUUCUUAGUAGUGAUAUUCCGGUCACACUCAGUUGUGAUCGCUGUCGUAAGGAAUCUAUUUCGGGCGUGAUGUGUGUCGGGACGUCCCAUAAUUAUAUAUAGGUGCUGUGUUGCGCGUCUGACGGUGGCGGGCCAGUAGCGGCGCCAUGUUCGCCGCGGCGGUCGUAUGCUGGCUCGGAGCCGUCGCUGCGCUGCAAGUGCAGAUAGGUGUAGUGGAGCAGCAGCCCAUGCUGGCGCAGCAGCUUGCGGUGAGCGCGGAGACAGCGCUGUUGGAGCUGCGGGACGAACCCAGAGUGAAGGUGGCGCCCGUGGAGCCCGAGGAGCCAUUAGCAUUGGCAGCUCACUUGUGCGCGCUGGCGGAGGAGGGCGUGGCGGCCGUGCUGACGGGUGGAACGGCGCGCUCUGCCAGGCUGUUGGCGGCGGCGGCCGCAAGGGCCGGCGUGCCGCUGCUGCUGGCCGAUUCUGCUCCCAAGAACCACACCUGGGAAGUACUAGCCCUUUACCCGGAUAACAGAGUACUGGCACAGGCUUGUGCGGAUCUGUGCAAGGAGAAAGGCUGGAAACGAGCGGUGUUUUUGCACGCGGGAGAAGCUGAGGUCGCAGCGCUGAUCGCGCCUGAUGCAGAGCCCCUGGCCUUGGUGGUGCGCCACCUGCCCCCACCGGACGACGCUGCGCUACUCAGAAAUUUAAUGCUCGUACUCAAGAAAUUGAGCGUCACCAACUUCAUAGUGUGGUGUGACGCAGAAUGUAGUCUGCGCGUACUGGACGUGGCGCAGCGAGUUGGCCUGCUCUCCGACCGACACUCCUACAUCAUGCUGUCGCUGGACUUGCAUACGCAGCCCCUAGCCGACUACAGUCACGGCGGAGCAAACAUCACCGCGCUGCGGCUGUUCGAGCCGCAGUCCAAGGACGUUCAGCACAUGAUGACGUUGUGGGAGAGGCAGUACGGAGCGCGGCUCGGCGACGAGGCCUCGCUCGCGGGACCGGAGCGCUCAGUGCCGACGGCGCUGCCGCUGGCGUACCAGGCCUCGUCGCUGGUGGCGAAGGCGCUGCGAGCCCUGAACCUGCCCCCUGGAGCGCCUGCCUCGUGCCAGGUCGGACUCGGUGCCUUUCACGCUGACACGCUCCUCAACUAUCUGCGUUCGGAGGAAUGGACGAGCGGAAGUGGCAUGGGCGGCGAAUUGUCGUGGGAAGUGGACGGAUGGCGGCACGAGGUGCAGCUGCAAGUGGCGGAGCUGGCGCGGGGCGGGUGGCUGGAGCCGGCGGGGCUGUGGGCGCCUCGUGUAGGUGUCACAUGGCAGCGACCAGACGAGCCGAGGAACUCCAUGCCGGACUACUCCAUGACCAAUCGCACUUUCACCUUCCUUAUCGCACGAAUCAAGCCGUAUAUAAUGCGACAAGAGUCGACGCUUCGUCUGGCUGGUAACGCGCAGUAUGAAGGGUUCUGCAUCGAGCUGAUUGAGAAACUGGCCGCGAUGUUGAAAUUCAACUACACGUUCGUGGAGCAAGAAGACGGAGAGUAUGGGAUCUACAACAACACCCUCGGCAAGUGGACCGGCAUGCUCGGGCGCCUCAUCGAGGACAAGGACAUUGACUUUGCCAUAACGGACCUAACCAUCACGUCGGAGCGCGAGAAGGCCGUGGACUUCACGACGCCCUUCAUGAACCUGGGCAUCUCGAUCCUGUUCGGCACGCCGGAGCCUGCGCCGCCCAAGCUUUUCGCCUUUAUGCUGCCCUUCUCCAACGCGGUUUGGAUCUGCCUGGGGUUCGCAUAUUUGGGCACAUCGUUGGUGCUAUACGUGGUGGGGCGUUUAUGUCAUGAGGAGUGGCAGAACCCGUAUCCAUGCAUCGAAGAUCCUCCCGCUCUGGAGAACCAGUUUACUCUUGCCAACGCGCUUUGGUUUAACCUCGGCGCUGUGCUGCUGCAGGGCUCUGAGAUCGCACCGGUGGCGUACGGGACCCGCGCGGUGGCCAGCGUGUGGUGGCUGUUCGCGCUGGUAAUCACGAGCUCGUACACCGCGAACCUGGCUACGCUGCUCGCCUCGAAGAGUUCUACCGACCUCAUUCACAAUGUGGAAGAGCUUGCCAAUAACAACCUCGGCAUCAAGUACGGCGCUAAGAAGGGCGGCUCCACCUAUAACUUUUUUAAGAACUCACAGAACCCCACUUAUCACAAGAUGUACGAGCAGAUGAGUAAGGAGCCGAUGCCCCUCUCCAACGAGAUCGGAAUAAAGAAGGUGGAGAAUGAGAAGUACGCGUUCCUAAUGGAGUCCACGUCCAUAGAGUACGAGACUGAGCGGAACUGUAAGGUCCAGAAGGUGGGCGGUCUACUCGACAGGAAGGGCUACGGAAUCGCCAUGAAGAAAGACUCAUCUUACCGACAGGAGCUAAACCUAGCCUUGUUGAACCUGCAGGAAGCUGGCGUCCUUCGUGAGAUGAUGCAUACUUGGUGGAUGGAGAAGAAUGGCGGAGGGGCAUGCAAGGAGGACGAAACCCGAGAGAACCAAGAGCUGCGCAUAAAGAACUUCUUAGGUCUAUUCGUGGUGCUAGUGGUGGGCUGCGUGCUGGGCGUGCUGGUGUCGUGCUGCGACCUGGCGUGGGCGGCGCGGCGGCAGCGCGGCCCCAGCGAGUCCUUCUGGCAGCGCUUCUGGACCGAACUGCGCUUCGUCUUUCGCUUCGAGCAAUCCGUGAAGCCCCUGCAAGGUCCGCUGAUCCCAGACUCGCCGGUUUCCCAACAGUCGGAGGGGGCGGAGGAGUGCAGGACGGAGCGCGAGGAGACGGGCUCCGAGAGGGCGCGCGCUGCGCCGCGGACGAGCUCGGCGGCGCGGCGGCGGUCCUCCAUGCACGCGGCGUCACUUCGCAUCGCGCGGCACACCACACGGGACUCCACCACGCCGCACUAGCAUCGACCGCGCCGUCACCGCCACACUCACUACUAACACUAAACUUAAUCUACACUCGCUAAUCUUUUGAAGGAAUUCGUUUAGACACAUUGUGCAAAAUGGCUUGUCAAUGAAAGCGUUACCUUCAGUUUGUGUGCGCCGUUUUACUUCGAAAUUAUUAAUUGUUAAAGUUAAUAAGUAUUUACUAAUGAUUAUUUAGAAUAGAGUCUUUAUUAUCAUCACUAACUAAUUAAAAAAAUGGGAAAGUAUAUAGAUAAGGCCUCUGAUAGGAAAGGUAUUGUCAUAAUUUAAAGUUAACUUAUGGUAGCGUAGCGAUGGUCUCUCGAGCCCACUUCGUUCGGUCCGAGACCACGAGGACAAUUACCCCACGUAAAACAUGUCUAGAAGCACGCACUUCGAAGACUAACUGUUGUAGUAAAUUUAAAUAUAUUUCUUUGAUAAUUCCACAAACUGUUGUCGUAGUCUGAGUUAGCAGUAACUACCUUAAAUCCGUGUUUGUUGGUUUUUAACAAAUAAAAAUGAUU